AUUUUGACUAAAAACGAUCAACACCAACACUGUCGGAGCAGCUGUUAGAAAACCACCUUACAAAACCUGCCGUUUUGUAACGUCGUGUCUGAAAACGUGACUGCCAGAGAGGAGCCGCCGAAGAGACAACUGACGCUAACCCGGGAGGUACAACUCUCUGACACCGAGGUCUCUCUUCCUCAGUGCUUAAAACAAGACUAUUGCUGCUGUGGUGGAAACAAAGCAAACAUGUCUUCCUCCCGUACAGUAAUAUGUUUGCUAAGAAACGACUUGCGUCUCCACGACAACGAGCUUUUCCACUGGGCCCAAAGAAACGCUGAACACAUAGUCCCGCUGUACUGCUUCGACCCCAGACACUAUGUGGGCACUUACAACUACAGCUUACCAAAGACUGGGCCUUUCCGUCUGCGCUUCUUACUGGAGAGUAUCAGAGACCUCAGAAACACACUGAUCAGCAAAGGCAGCAAUCUCGUGGUGAGACGGGGUAAGCCAGAGGAAGUAGUUGCAGACCUCGUCAGGCAACUGGGCUCUGUCAGUAGUGUGGCUUUCCAUGAAGAGGUUACCUCAGAAGAGCUGAAUGUGGAGAAAAGGGUAAAAGAUGUGUGUGCACAGAUGAAGGUCAAAGUUCAUACCUGCUGGGGCUCUACAUUGUACCACAGAGAUGAUCUUCCAUUCCCCCACAUGUCCAGGCUUCCUGAUGUGUACACUCAGUUCAGAAAGGCAGUGGAGAGCGAGGGCAGGGUGAGGCCGGUCUUCUCAACCCCAGAGAAGCUAAAUCCCCUUCCUCCAGGCCUCGAGGAAGGAGCCAUUCCUACAGCAGAGGACCUGCAACAGACAGAGCCUGUGAUUGAUCCUCGCUCAGCCUUCCCCUGCAGUGGUGGGGAGAGUCACGCCCUGGCCAGACUUAAACACUAUUUCUGGGACACUGAUGCAGUUGCAACGUACAAAGAGACUCGUAACGGUUUAAUCGGUGUGGAUUAUUCCACCAAGUUUUCACCUUGGCUGGCAAUGGGUUGCAUUUCACCCAGAUAUAUUUAUCAUCAGAUCAAGCAGUACGAGAAGGAGCGGACAGCUAAUCAGAGCACAUAUUGGGUAAUUUUUGAGCUUUUGUGGAGGGACUACUUCAGGUUUGUGAGUGUGAAGUACGGAAAUAGGAUUUUUCAGGUCAAAGGACUUCAAGACAAAUCUGUGCCAUGGAAAAAGGACAUGAAGCUAUUUGAUGCAUGGAAAGAGGGACGCACCGGAGUGCCUUUUGUUGACGCCAACAUGAGGGAGUUGGCAGCGACCGGCUUUAUGUCCAACAGGGGGCGUCAAAAUGUCGCUAGCUUCCUCACAAAGGAUCUGGGCCUUGACUGGAGGAUGGGAGCUGAGUGGUUUGAGUCCCUUCUGAUCGACCACGAUGUCUGCAGCAAUUAUGGUAACUGGCUGUACAGCGCUGGGAUUGGAAAUGACCCCAGAGAGAACAGGAAGUUCAACAUGAUCAAACAAGGCCUCGACUAUGACAAUAAUGGAGAUUACGUCCGACAGUGGGUUCCAGAGUUGCAGAAUAUCAGAGGAGGUGAUGUGCACACACCAUGGUCACUCAGCAACGCUGCGCUGGCCCACGCUCAUGUGACCCUCGGCGACACCUAUCCCGCUCCCAUUGUUACGGCACCUGAAUGGAGCAGACACAUUAACAAGAAAGCGGGUGGCACAGGACCUUCACCAAGAGGAAAGAAAGGCCCGUCUCACACCCCCAAACAGCAUCGGGACAGAGGCAUCGACUUCUACUUCUCCAGAAGCAAGAACCUGUGAACACGUGGACGCUCCACUGAUUUAAUCUUGAACUGUUUCCAUGAAAAUCUGUCUGGCACGUUGAUGUAUUGAUUCAGGGAAGCUGAAGAAUGAGGAUUUGAGGAAGCACAUGUUACGGUGCUUUAACUUCACUGAUCAGGCCAUCAGUUCUGUAGAAAAUUGCCACAUCAAGGGCCUUCUAUGGAUCCUUCGCUGUGUUUCCGGCUAUGCAGCGACUGUGAAAAACCACAAUGUGGUUUUUUUAUGAUUCAGAAUCACCUGUAAUGACCUCAUAUGAUGUUUUGAACAGAUUACUGUUACUUUGUUCUUGCAGGUUUUCUGUGCAUUUAUACUUUGUUUUUGCUUUAUGUGUGAUGGUUACAAAACGGCUAUAUUAAAGUUGCUAUCU